AGGCCCGAGCCCUUGUACAGUAUGCAGCACAAAUCUCUUUCAAAAACCUCUGGCAAAGGCUGGGUUCGUUGUUGGUAUCUCUUCUCUGCUCUGUGCAAUCGUCAAGGGCUGAUACAAUGUCGAAACGCGCAGCAGCGUCGCAUUCAUCCGCAGAGGAACCGAGCGGCAAGCGAGGCGUAGAUGGCUUCUUUUGGAGAGGAGAUCCACAAGAAACCUUUAGUGAUUGGACCAUCGUGAUUACUUUUACGGAUGGUGACAACAAGGAACAAGCCACGACCUACCAUGUCCACAAAUGCAUCUUGGCACAUGGAGAUCGCAAGAGUGGUUACUUUGCCAAGACGUUCAAGAAUGCAUUUCAAGAAUCUCAAGAAUGCACCAGUCGCAUUGAACUGCACAAGUCCACUGCCUCUCUUUUCCCUGCUGUUCUGGACUAUCUUUAUGGCUCCGCAACAAGGCUGCUAUUUGCCUCCAAAGACGUUAUUGCAAUGCAUUCCUUGGGAGAGUACUUUGAAAUUGCCCAGUUACGAAAGGAUGUGGAAGACUUCUUUUGCCAAGAAAAUAUCAUUUUUCUUACAACUUCUGAAGGGCUUGGACGUGACUACCUCAGAGCCAAAGAGCUUCGCAACCAAACCAUGUUGAGUUUGUGCGCAAAGCAUUGUGCUAGGGUCUUAGUCAACCCUGGAAUGGAUCUUGCCGACCUUGUUGACCUCUGUGUUGAUUUUGACUUUUGGGUUGAUGUUAUCCGCUUCAUUCCAGAUGAGACUGAACAUUGUCCCCACCUUAGCAAACUUGUUCAAGCGGUAUACCGUGUCCAUUGCGACAGCUUGGAUAUCGAAAAGUUGCAGGCUCUCACAACACUUACCGCAUCCAAGCUGAAACAACCCCACCUUAGCAAGCUGGUGGAAAAGGUUUGCAUUGUCCAUUCUGAAAGCUUGGGUCUCAAAAAAUUCCAGGUUCUCACGGCUCCGUCCAAGCUAAAACGAAUUGACCCAUCAUUUGCGCUACGUCUCUGUUUGAUUGAAGAUGAGUUGCUACGCCGACAGGACGAAGGUGGCAAUAGCAAUCAGAAUGAUAAACAGUCCUCAUUGUCAUGUCUACAAAAGAGAUGCGCCGUUGCUCUGGGCAAGCACUGGGGAGGCAUGUCUAUGAAGGAGAAACUGGAGGUGAAGGGCCCCAUGUCCAAGCUGGGAGCAGCAUUUUUGUUUGACGUUCUCUGUCAUAGUGCCAGUGCUCCCGAAGACGACAGGUUUCCUGCGCUUAACAACGAGAAUACUAUCAGCAAGUGCAAGUGCUGCAUUACAGCCCAGUGGAUGGAAGAUCCUGUGACUUGUUCAACUUGCCUGCAUUCCUACUCUCGGGAGGGAAUCCUGGCAUAUAUCCGAUCCAAGGGAGGUCGUCAGUGCCCUUGCCCAGUUCUCGGCUGUAAUACAACUGUGACAAGAGCCGUCCUAAGAGAUGAUGCUGAUUUGGCACGAAGAGUCAGGCGUACUAGGCGCAGGGUGGAAGCUGGGGAGGACGAAACGGAUGAUGGUGACAGUCACGGUGCCACGGUGGGAAUUAUUGAGCCUUAAUUAAAGGGCCAUCAUGAAGAUCGAGCCUGGCUAGCUAGCCCCGAGAUGAUAUGUAUUUUGGAACCGGCUUGGGUCGCCGCUGCCUCACCGUCAAUGCAUCAGUGUGGAAGCUUUGCAAGCGCUGGGUGGAUGACUGAAUCUAGCUGCUGUUAUCGUAAUCCGACUCUAUUAUUAUGAAUCUUUUUAUUAACCACGAUGCUGCCUCUGUCAUUGGACCAUUUCAUACCAUUAGUAACUUAGUACAACCUCAUCCUAAGACC